UAUGAUUUCACAGAAUUCUUUGCUGUACUAACGUACUGGCUAUACUAUUUGGUAUAACCACAAAAUUAGGAACGUCAAAUUUUAGUUUUUGAACGUAAUGUUGAUAAAUAAUUCUAUUUUUAUUUAUUGUCACGGAUGCUCACGAAAUCUAAUAAUACACCAGAAUCUAAUUUGAAAUGAACAGAGCUCUCCAAGCUUGGAAAGAGAUCAGUUUUCCAUUACUGUUUGAAGAUAUAAGUGACUUAUUUGGAGAAUUUUUUUUAAGUCUACUGGAAUAUCUGAAAGACACGGUGGAGCAUUUAAUUUUAGCCUGUAUAGCGUACACAUUAAUAUGUAUAUUUCUUUACUUGUGUAUAAUAAAAUGGAAAUGUCUAUCCUUCAUCAGAGAAUCAAGAAACUCCAGAAGAGUUCUAUUUGUAACUGCCCAUCCUGACGAUGAAUGUAUGUUUUUUGGUCCAACUAUUCUCCACUUUACUAGAAAAAAGGACUGUAUAGUGUACCUUAUCUGCUUAUCUACAGGUAAAAAUUAUGGUAUGAGCUCAAUUAGAAAAAAAGAAUUAUAUCGUUCUUGCGAAAUACUCGGAAUAGAUUCAAGCAAUAUAUUCAUUCAUGAUCAUACUCUACUUCCUGAUGCAAUGGAUGUACGAUGGCCCACUGAACUGAUAUCUGAAAUUGUAUCGCGUUAUGUGGAGUCUCUAAACAUAACAACUAUCAUAACUUUUGACAGAUAUGGAGUGUCUUACCAUAAUAAUCAUACCAGCAUAUAUUAUGCUGUUGCAAAUUUAAUAUUAGACAGGAAUUUACCAAAAUGCUGUGGCGUAUAUGUACUUGAGACCACUAAUGUACUACGUAAAUAUUGGUUGUUUCUAGAUAUACCUCUUUCUUUUCUCUUUUCAAGAUUUAGAUAUAUGGUAGGAUUUGACGACAGAGAUGUUAUACAUAAGGCAAUGAAAAGGCAUAAGUCACAGUUAAUGUGGUUUCGGCGUUUAUACAUGUAUUUUUCUAGGUACAUGUUAAUAAAUACAUUACAGCAAAUGAACUUGGUGGACAUAGAGCUAGAUUUAGAAAUAGAUGAUUGAGACAAUGUUAAAAUUUAUUUCAUUUAUUAUUCUCAAGCUAUCUAAAAUUUAGAUAGAUCUAAUGAAAAAUGGUUGUUUUUUGAAGUUUUGGGAGCCCAUGACUUAGUUUCUGUUAUACAGAUUUGAGAUGAUUAUUAUGUCAAUCUGAUAUGGUUAGCAGCAUAAAAAGUAGUGGUAAUAAUAGAUCUUUUGUACUUUUUGAAUACAAGAAGUAAAUUUUAAUGUGUUGGAAUUGAAAUCAUUUAUGUCACUAGACUUUCAUGAUAAUCAUAGUCAAAUUAUUAUUCAGUUGAUAGUAUCAGGGGUUUUGUCAUGAUGGUUGUGAACAGAUCUCAUCUCAUAAAAGUAUAUAAGGCUUACAUUUAUGGAGACAUGUUCGAAGCGAAGUGUAUUAGAAAUAUAACAAUGUAAUUGGUACUAGUUCAGUUAUAAUUAACACUUGUUGUUUUUUGCAUCAGUUGAAGUUAUUUUAUCCGGAAACAUGAAAAAUAUUCAUAUCAUCAGUAUCAGCGACUUUCUUCAGAUGCUAAAUUAUUGUUACGUUAUCGUUCAGAUUGAACUGUAAAACAAUCAAAUAUUCAGUCAAUUAUAAUGUUCCAAAAAGAGCUUAUGUAUUUAUUAAAGGUUUGAAAAAUAUUUCGCUCUUUUUUCUCCAUUCUGUUUUUGAUUAACCAUGGCUGCUUGUUGCUAUUAUUUUGUUUAGUAUUAAAAAUGGUGUUCUUAUUAGGAAAAUCAAGACUUUGAAGACCAAAUAUUGUAUAUAGUUUUAUAAAAAUGGUUUUUAUGAGUUUGAAUAAUUGUCUUUACAAAAUAUUUUCCCUUAUUUGUGCCAAAUUUCAUCAAUAUCAAUUUAUUAUGUUCAACCCAUUUAUAAGUUGAUUAAAUAAAACAAAAACAUUU